AUGAGUGCUACAUUUGGUUGUAAUUACAUGGACCCUAACACAUACAGGUGUGGACGUGGGUGUGAAGGAGAUCGUUUGGGAGAAGGAGUUUGUAGCAUUUGUGCUAAAUGUAGACAACAUUGUGCAUGUCAUAAACGGUAA